CCAGAGAUGCUGUGGCUGCUGCUGCCCCUGCUGCGGGCGGGGGCCUUGGCUCAGGAUCCAGGAUUCCAGCUGCAUGUUCAGGAGUCCGUGACGGUGCAGGCGGGCCUGUGUGUCUCCGUGCCCUGCACUGUGUCCUACCCCCAGGAAGGCUGGACUGACUCCACCCCAGCUCAUGGCUACUGGUUCCAGGAAGGGGCCGCCUCAUACUAUGAUGAUCCUGUGGCCACAAACCACCCCACUCGAAAACUGAGCGAGGAAACCAGGGGCCGAUUCCACCUCAUCGGGAACAACCUGACCUCCGACUGCUCCCUACACAUCAGAGACGCACAGAGGAGAGACACAAGGAGAUACUUCUUCAGGAUGGAAAGAGGGCCCUAUGUGAAAUACAGUUACAAAGAGAACCAGCUCUCGGUGCAUGUGAUAGCUCUGUCACAGACACCUGAGGUCCACUUCCAGGGGUUCCUAGAAUCAGGGCACCCCAAGAACGUUACCUGUGCCGUUCCAUGGGCCUGCGAGAGAGGGACGCCACCGGAAUUCUACUGGAUCGGGGGCAACAUUACCUCCCUGGGUUCCAGAACUUCCAACUCCUCAGUGGUCACCCUCACGCCAGGGCCCCAGGACCACGGCACCAACCUCACCUGUCGGGUGACCUUCCCCGGAGCUGCCGUGAGCACCGAGAGGACCAUCCAGCUCCACGUGUAUGCUCCACAGAACCUGACUGUUCGUGUCUUCAGGGCAAAUAGCACAGUCCCAGAGGUCCUGGGCAACGCCACCUCCCUGCGGGUCCAGGAGGGCCAGUCCCUGCGCUUGGUCUGCGAGACGGAGGGCAACCCCCCAGGGAGGCUGAGCUGGUCCCGGGGGAGCCUGACCGUGAGCCCCUCCAAGCCCUUGGAUCCGGGGGUCCUGGAGCUGCCCCAGGUGGUCGCGGCGGAUGCAGGGCAAUUCACCUGCCGCGCUGAGCACCCGCGGCUCUCCUACCACCUCUCCGUGAACCUAGUUGUGCAGGGACCCAGGGCAGGGAUGGUGCUGGUGGUCAUUGCAGAAGCAGCUGUCAAGACCCUGGUCCUUCUCCUCUGCCUCAUCGUCCUCAUAGUGAAGUUCUGCAUGAGGAAGUCAGCCAGGACUGCAGAAGACGUGGAGGAUGAAGACAUUGUCCCAGGUUGGCCCCUCAGGCCUCCAGAUAGUGGUUCCAGAGACAUGCCCACUGUCAGCAAAGUAUGAACACUGACGGUUCCUCUCUGUGACCAGAGACCCAGGUGCAAACAACACAGGCUGGACUUGAAGACUUGGCAUGGUCUGUUCCCAUCUGAACACGACACAAGAUUCUAGCAUGUCUCUGGACCUCACACCA